AUGUCCCCUUUUUGGACAUUAAAAUUCCUAUCAUACCAGUACGACAGUGCACCAGAAGACCCCACCAUCCCCUCCAUCCCAUGCUACAUGCCGGACAGAGACAUCCCCGUGCCUGUGCUCCUAUCAUAUCAGUACGAUGCACCAGAAGAGCCCACCAUCCCAUUCUACAUGCCGGAUCGGGACACCUCAGUGCCCAUGAUUGUGCGCGCCCAGGAGUCCUUCGUCUCGCCCCAUCUUCCCCUCUUUCCCUCUUCAUCCCCCCCUCGCACCCCUUUCCUCUCACCCCACCCCCCAACCCUGCAGCUGCUAUCAUAUCAAUACGGCGCGCCAGCAGACCCCACCAUCCCCUCCAUCCCAUGCUACAUGCCGGAUCGGGACAUCCCCGUGCCCGUCAUUGUGCGCGCCCAGGUGCCGUUUGUGUCUCCCUUCGCCACGCCGCGCAAGUGGACGGCUAUUUUCCGCUUCGUGGCGUCGCCCCACAAGCAUGUGCUGCUGGAUACCCGCAGCAGAAUCAUUCAGGGUCCCCCCCCACUUGCCCCCCUCACCCUGCCUUCCUCCUCUGCGCACCCGCCUGCCGUAGACAUGGCAAAUACAAUCUCAGGACUCAUAGCAUCCAUGCAGGGUGCAUGGCAGGAGGGUGCAUGGCAGGAGGGUGCAUGGCAUGAGGGUGCAUGGCAGGAGGGUGCAUGGCAUGAGGGUGCAUGGCAGGAGGGUGCAUGGCAUGAGGGUGCAUGGCAUGAGGGUGCAUGGCAGGAGGGUGCAUCGCAUGAGGGUACAUGGCAGGAGGGUGCAUCGCAUGAGGGUGCAUGGCAGGAGGGUGCAUCGCAUGAGGGCAGCCAAGGAAGACAUGAGACCCAGGGGGCAUGUUCGCAAAGAGCGAGCAAAGGACUGGCCUCUCCUCUUUCCUCCUCUCCUCUCCUCUCCAAUUUCAUCCUCUCCUCUUUCCUCCUCUCCUCUUUCCUCCUAUUCUCUCCUCCCCUCUCCUCUCCUCUCCUCUCCUCUCCUCUCCUCUCCUCUCCUCUCCUCUCCUCUCCUCUCCUCUCCUCUCCUCUCCUCUCCUCUCCCCAUCUCUCCUCCCUGCUUCCAGGCAGCCAAGGCGGACAUGGCACCGGGGCAGCCAAGGCGGACAUGGCACCGGGGUGGGACCUCUUCCUCAAGAGCAAGGAGAUAACGGAUCAAGUCUGGCACCAACUCACACACACUCAUCUCCCCUCCGCCUAUCCUCCCUCCUCUCCGUGCACCUCAGGCAGCCAAGGCGGACAUGGCACCGGGGCAGCCAAGGCGGACAUGGCACCGGGAUGGGACCUGUUCCCGAAGAGCGAGGAGAGGACGCACCAGGACUGA